AUGAGUCGGUAUUUUUUACUAGCGUGCACGUUGGCUCUGCAAUGUGCCGCGGCCUCCCAGGAGGACUACAUAGUCAAAGAUCUGCCUGGGCUCUCGAAUAUCCCGGCCGCGGCGAGGCCAGUGAUGCAUGCCGGACACCUUGAACUAAAUGCAGACAACAACACCGAGCUGUUCUUCUGGCGAUUCCAGGACCCAAGAGCCAACAGGACUCACAACAUGCUCCACCGUGACGAGCUCAUUGUCUGGCUGAACGGCGGCCCCGGCUGUUCGUCGAUGGACGGAGCCAUGAUGGAAACAGGCCCCCUGCGGGUCACAGACAACCUGGAGGUGGAGCUGAACCCUGGAUCGUGGACACAGGUGGCCGAUCUCGUGUUUGUGGACCAGCCGGCCGGUACAGGGUUUUCGUACACGGACUCCUACGACACCGAACUAAAACAAGCAGCACAGCAUUUCUGGCAGUUUCUGAAAACAUACUACGAGCUAUUCCCGCAGGACCGCACGAAAAAACUGUAUCUGGCGGGCGAGUCGUACGCAGGCCAGUACAUCCCAUACUUCGCAAAGGAAAUAGAUGAGAACAACUCGUUAAACAUCACUCUAGAGGGCCUGUUGAUUGGCAACGGCUGGAUCGACCCGGAUAUCCAGUCUCUGUCGUACGUUCCGUUCAGUUUGGAGGCCGGCUUCUUGGACCGCCAAAGUCCGUCGAUGUCCCAAAUCCUCAAGCAGCACGAAAAAUGCCAGCAGGCCAUCGACGACCCUUCCAAUCACGAUUUCGAGAAAUUAGAGUGCGUCAAAAUAUUCAACAGCAUUUUAACAGCCACGAAAGACGCAUCGAAGCCCGCCAACGAACAAUGUGUCAACAUGUACGACUAUCGCAAACACGAUUAUUUCCCUGCAUGCGGGUCUAACUGGCCAGAAGACCUGCCCAACGUGACCAAAUUCCUGAAUCUGGAUGCUGUGCAAAAAGCCCUGAACCUGAAGUCUCCCAAGAGAUGGCACGAGUGUGACGGGAAAGUCGAGUUCUUCUUCCGGCCGGAGCACUCUGCCAAAUCGUUCGACCUGCUGCCGAAACUGCUGGAGAAAAUCAAAAUCACCCUGUUUGCUGGCGACAAGGACAUUAUCUGCAACCACAAAUCGAUAGAAAUGCUGAUUGAAAAAUUGCAAAUUUCACCAGGACAAUUUGGCUUCACACAGAGCAGAAAGUCUGGCUGGAUCUACGACGGGCAAGAAGUGGGCGAGAUCGAGACACAGUCCAACCUCACGUACGUCAAGGUGUUCAAUUCGUCGCAUAUGGUGCCUUACGACCUGCCGGAGGUGAGCAGGGGACUAUUUGAUAUAAUCACUAAUUCUGUUGAAAAACGGUCGACAGACGUCGUGACGCCCGUUUACGAUAGCAAGGGCAACUACAAGUUUGUGGAGGAGAAACAGGAAACCGAUCAGGACAACGAGAAAGAGAAAGAGAAACCGGCCAAGCACCACCACAGUCUCACGUUCUACGUGGCAGAGGUGGUGAUACUGGCGGUGCUGGCCUGUCUGCUUUACAGCUUCUACAAGUCCUUCGCCAAAUCGCGUAAAUCUGCAUUCCUAUCCCUCUCUUCCAAGAAAAAGAAGAAGCAGGUGCACUGGUUCGACGAGAGCGACGUAGGAAUGGACCAGGAAGCCGGCGAGGCAGAUCACAAGCCCAAGAGCAUGCUGGAGUCGGUGUUCAACAAGCUGGGAUAUGGAGGACAGUAUGACACGGUGCGGGACGCUCCCGACAUCGAGAUGGCGCCGGUCGAAGAGCACGAAGACCAAUUCAUCAUUCAAAGCGACGAGGAAGAGUUUGGCCACAGAUAG